AUGGCGGAUGAAGAGCCCGUGGAUGUGAUGCCUGGUAUCCGCAAGGCGUGCGAGCCCAAGUGCAAGGAGCCCUUCAACGCUUACCAUGCCUGUCUGGACCGAGUCAAGUCCAAGGGCGUUGGCUCGUGCGACGGCCAGUACUUUGACUAUCUGCACUGCAUUGACAAAUGCUCUGUCCCGCAGAUCAUGAAGCAUCUGAAGUAG